GUGUGUGUGUGCGUGUGUGUGUGAGAGAGAGAGAAAGAGAGAGAGAUAGAAUGUGUGCGCCUGUGCGUGUAGAGGUUGUUUGUGGUCAGGAAGUGUGUGUGUGUGUGUGUGUGUGUUGAGCAGAAGUCAGUGUGAGCACAUCCGCUCUGUGUGUCUGAGAUCUCCGACUGCUGAAGGAGUCUGCUGAUGGGCUCUUCUGAACUCUUGUGAGUGUGUGUGAGCACAGAUGGAGGCUCCGGCGGGCGAAUCGGAGCUGUAUCUGGAGGCGGUGCGCUACAUGCAGCGGGUGGAGAGUGUGUGUGGGGUGACCUCUGACCCCGAGCCCUGCGCCGCACCUGCAUAUGCCACCGUACAGUGGGACGCAGCCGAGCCCACGGCGGAGCGAGAGCCGGGCGAUCUGUGUGUGCUGGCACAGGAGUGUGAAGCUGAUGCGUGCGCACCUGAGGAGCCUCCAGCAGCAUCUGCAGAACACACAGAUGGUGGUCCGCUACACACGGACACACACACAUGUGAGGAAGGUGAGGAACCUGCAGUUGAGGAAGAGCUGACCCUAGAUCAGAUGCAGACACUUGAGGCAGAAACGCACCUGCAGGACGACUCUUCACAUGCUGACCACAUCCAGGCCCCCGACAGCCAUAAACUGGACCCCACAGCCCCUGGAGAACAGCUGACCACACCGACUGAAGCUGACCUGAGAGAGCCAGAGCCUGACAGAUGUCCAGCCCACAGCGAGUCCUCAGAGAUGACCCAGAGAGCCCUGGGGCCCCACUUAGAUCAGGGGCCUCAGUCAGAUUUAAAGUCUCUGGAGCCCAGGUCAGAUCAGGAGCCUCAGUCAGAUCUGGAGUCUUUGGAGCCUAGGUCAGAUCUGGAGCCUAGGUCAGAUCAGGGGCCUCAGUCAGAUCUGGAGUCUUUGGAGCCUAGGUCAGAUCUGGAGCCUAGGUCAGAUCAGGGGCCUCAGUCAGAUCUGGAAGCUAGCUUAGAUCAGGGGCCUCAGUCAGAUCUGGAGUCUUUGGAGCCUAGGUCAGAUCAGGGGCCUCAGUCAGAUCUGGAAGCUAGCUUAGAUCAGGGGCCUCAGUCAGAUCUGGAGUCUUUGGAGCCUAGGUCAGAUCAGGGGCCUCAGUCAGAUCUGGAAGCUAGCUUAGAUCAGGGGCCUCAGUCAGAUCUGGAGUCUUUGGAGCCUAGGUCAGAUCAGGGGCCUCAGUCAGAUCUGGAAGCUAGCUUAGAUCAGGGGCCUCAGUCAGAUCUGGAGUCUUUGGAGCCUAGGUCAGAUCUGGAGCCUAAGUCAGAUCAGGGGCCUCAGUCAGAUCUGGAGCCACAGGUGCCCAGGUCAAAUCUAGAGCCUAGAUCAGAUCAGGGGCCUCAGUCAGAUCCGGAGCCUACGUCUAAUUUGGAGCCUAGGUCAGAUCAGGAAUUUCUGGAGCCUAGGUCAGAUCUGGGGCCCUCAGAUCAUCAAGACACACAGAAUAUAUCAACAGGGAUCAGCCUCAUAAUACAGCACACAACCUCGGCAGAGCCUCUCAUUAAUGGUACGGCUGAGAUAGUGAACAGGGCCCAGCCAGUGAACAGGGCCGAGGCUCAGCGUUUGGCAGAGAAGCUCUACAGACUGGAUGGGUUUCAGCGCACAGAUGUGGUCAGGCAUCUGGACAAGGAUAAUGACUUCAGUCGAGCAGUCGGGGAAGAGUAUCUGCGGUUCUUCAACUUCACCGAUCAGAGUCUGGAGCAGGCGCUACGGUGUUUCCUGAAGGAGGUGGUUCUGCUAGGCGAGACUCAGGAGCGCGAGCGUGUCCUGCAGCACUUCUCCUGUCGCUUCCAGCAGUGUAACCCCGAGGCCUUCAACUCCACGGCCAGCGUGCUCACACUCACCUGCGCCCUCAUGCUGCUCAACACAGACCUGCAUGGACAGAACGUUGGGAAGCCCAUGUCCUCAACAGACUUUGUGUCGAAUCUAGAGGGCAUGAAUGGAGGUGAGAGCUUCAGCCGGGACCUCCUGAAGAGUCUCUACAGCUCCAUCAAGAGCCAGCCGCUGCAGUGGGCCAUAGAGGACGAGGUUUUGGCCAAAUCCCUGAUGCCAGAGACAGACAGGGAGCAGGAUGGGCCGCUGCGCUCCAAGAGUAACCCGUUCCAGGAUCUUCCACACGACACCAAGGCCAGCGUCUUCCACAAAGGCUUUCUGAAGCGGAAAGCACAUGCAGACAUCGACGGCAAACGCACUCCCUGGGGGAAACGAAGCUGGAAGACGUUUUAUGCCAUGCUGAAGGGAAUGGUGCUGUACCUGCAGAAGGAUGAUUACGUGAAGGAUGGUCAGGGUUCAGAUGAGGUGCUCAGUGUCCAUCACGCACUGGCCGAGCAGGCUCUGCAGUACACCAAACGGCCACAUGUCUUCCGGCUGCAGACGGCCGACUGGAGGGUGUUCCUGUUCGAGGCCCCGACCACAGAGCAGAUGAACUCCUGGAUCGGCCGCAUUAAUCUGGUGUCGGCGCUUCAUUCCUCUCCGCCGUUUCCCGCCGCCGUCGGCUCGCAGAGGAGAUUCUGUCGGCCGAUCCUGCCGGCGACGCAGGCGAACCUCCCGCUGGAUAAGCAGCUGCAGUCGCACGCGGCCAUGCUGUACAGUUUCCAGCAGGAUCUGUCCGCCCUCCAGCAGGGGGCGUCGGACGGCAGGAAACCCAGAGCGAGAGCACUGGAGGAGCAGCGGCAGAGGGAGGAGUACCUGCAAUACGAGAAGGGCCGGUAUGAGGUGUACCUGCAGGCGCUGGAGGUGUGGCGGUCUCUGGAUGCGGACGCAGCGAUGGCGGAGCGUCUGUGUGUGUAUGAUGAGUGUGUGUGGAGCGCAGCGGCGGAUCAGACCGACCUCUGCGCUGCCCCGAUGCAGCGUUCGCACUCCAGCCCAUCUCUAGAGCUGCAGACGCCGGCGCCGAUGGUCAAAGUCAAACGCAACAUCUCGGAGAGAAGAACCGUCCGCAAGAUCAUCAUCCCUCGCCGGAACAAGGAGCUCUGAGGGGCCAGGACUAACACACAGACCCCCCGCUCCGGCAGGACAUAUAUUCCAACAGCAGCUGUACUGUUCAUAACACCCACACACACACACACACACACACACACACACACACUGAUCCUGCACCGGCGGAGCUGCUGACCACUAGAGGGAGACACUGCUCAUACACACACUGCACGACUCAGGGCCAGAGUACAGACCAUAAUAAUAAACCACUGCAAGAAAAGCU